UGACAGUUUUGUGUGUAUCCGAAUGAAGUAGUUCAGAAAAAAAAAAUAGCGAGAGUGACACGUCCACCCACCCUGUCAGAUAUCCAUGGUUUUACUGUUACUGCAUGACAAUUUUUCAUGUUUUAAGUAUUAAAAAUGCCCUUGCGUCUGGACACCAAGAGGAAGUUGACGGCGAGGUCUGACCGUGUCAAGUGCGUGGAUCAGCACCCGACGGAGACUUGGGUCCUCUGUUCGCUGUACAAUGGAGAUGUCAACAUCUGGAAUUACGAGACACAUACACAAAUCAAGAGGUUUGAGGUAUGUGAUCUACCAGUUCGUGCUGCAAAAUUCGUCCCCAGGAAAAAUUGGGUGAUCACAGGCUCAGAUGACAUGCAAAUACGCGUGUUCAAUUACAAUACACUGGAGAGGAUACAUUCUUUCGAGGCACAUUCAGAUUAUGUCCGUUCCAUUGCUAUUCACCCCACACAGCCUUAUAUCCUGACCAGCAGUGAUGAUCUUCUCAUAAAAUUAUGGAACUGGGACCGCAACUGGGCCUGCCAACAAGUCUUUGAAGGUCACACUCACUAUGUUAUGCAGAUUGUGAUUAAUCCAAAAGAUAACAAUACAUUUGCCAGUGCCAGUCUCGACACUACGGUUAAGGUAUGGCAGCUAGGUUCCUCAGUGUCUAAUUUUACAUUAGAGGGACAUGAGAAGGGAGUUAAUUGUGUAGACUACUAUCAUGGUGGAGACAAACCUUACCUCAUAAGUGGUGCCGAUGACAGACUUGUAAAAAUAUGGGAUUAUCAAAACAAGACCUGUGUACAAACAUUGGAAGGUCAUACACAAAAUGUAUCAGCAGUAUCAUUCCACCCCGAGCUGCCCAUCCUGCUGACUGGAUCAGAGGAUGGCACUAUAAGAAUAUGGCACGCCGGCACGUACAGGCUGGAGUCUAAUCUAAACUAUGGGUUUGAAAGAGUUUGGACGAUUUCUUCCAUGCACGGUUCUAACAAUGUUGCUAUCGGUUAUGAUGAGGGAACUAUAAUGAUAAAAGUGGGCAGAGAGGAGCCAGCGAUAUCCAUGGAUGUGAAUGGGGGCAAAAUAAUUUGGGCAAAACAUUCCGAAAUGCAGCAGGUCAACCUGAAGGCACUUCCUGAAGGCAUUGAAAUAAAGGAUGGCGAGCGGGUACCUGUGGUAGCCAAGGACAUGGGCUCGUGCGAGAUCUAUCCACAGACUAUCGCGCAUAAUCCCAACGGCAGAUUUGUGGUGGUGUGCGGCGACGGAGAGUAUAUAAUUUACACAGCGAUGGCGCUGAGGAACAAAGCAUUUGGGACCGCGCAAGAGUUCGUGUGGGCGUUCGACAGUUCUGAAUACGCAACACUCGAGAACUCCAGUACCGUCAUAGUGUUCAAAAACUUCAAGGAAAGAAAGAGUUUCAAACCAGAAUAUGGAGCAGAAGGCAUCUUCGGCGGGUUCAUGCUGGGUGUCAAGUCCAUCAGUGGCAUGGCCUUCUCCUUCUACGAUUGGGAACACUUAGAACUAAUCAGACGCAUCGAGAUCCAGCCGCGGCACGUGUACUGGUCGGAGAGCGGCAACCUGGUGUGCCUGGCCACCGACGACGCCUACUACGUGCUCAAGUAUAACGCGGCCGUGGUGACGCUGGCCCGCGAGACCAACACCAACAUCACAGUGGACGGCAUCGAGGACGCAUUCGAGGUGGUGGGCGAGGUGAACGAGACGGUGAAGACCGGCCUGUGGGUGGGCGACUGCUUCAUCUACACCAACACAAUGAAUAGGAUAAACUAUUACGUGGGCGGCGAGAUCGUCACCAUCUCACAUCUCGACCACACCAUGUACAUCCUCGGCUACGUCGCCAAGGAAAACAGACUGUACCUGAACGACAAGGAGCUGAACAUAGUAUCGUACUCGCUGCUGCUGUCCGUGCUCGAGUACCAGACGGCGGUGAUGCGCGGCGACUUCGAAACGGCCGACCGCGUACUGCCCACCAUUCCGCACGACAAUCGCACCAGGGUCGCGCACUUCCUCGAGAAGCAGGGCUUCAAGCAACAAGCGCUAGCGGUGGCGACGGAGCCGGAUCAUCAGUUUGAGCUGGCGCUGUCGUUGGGCGAGCUCCGGCGGGCGAAGCAACUGGCCGAGGAGGCGGAGAUGGCCGAGGGCGAGCCAUCGCGGUCGUCGGGCGCGCGCUGGUCGCGGCUGGGCGCCGCCGCCGCCGCCGCCGCCGACACCGACCUCACCAAGACAUGUUACCAGGCCGCCCACGACUACAGCGCGCUGCUGCUCUUUGCUGCCAGCACCGGAGACAAGCAACUACUACAGGACGUGGCGCGGAUGGCGGAGGCGGAGGGCGAGGACAACAUCGCGUUUGUGGCGUACUUCACUCUCAACGAGCUGGACGCGUGCCUCCAGCUACUGAUCAAGCGGGACAAGUUGCCCGAAGCGGCAUUCUUUGCCAGGUCGUACAUUCCGUCGAAGAUGUGCGAGGUGGUGAAGCUGUGGCGCGAGUCGGUGGGCGCCACUAACAAGAAGUCGGGGCAGUCGCUCGCCGACCCGGCCAACUACGAGAACCUGUUCCCGGAGUUUGCGGAAUCUUUAGUGUUGGAGAAAUUUCAACGGGAGUACGGUUUCGAGCACAGCUCCAAGCUGUCGAAUAUACCCACGGACUCCAAACAGUGCAAUAUAGAGAGGGAUCUCGCGGUGGAGAUGGCGCAGGCGGUGAAGGCCGGCGCGUGGAAGUCGGCGGCCGGGUCCAGCGACAGGAAGCUGAGCAGCUCCAGCGACAGAAAGUUGGACAGUCGCUGUGUGGUAACGGCGGACAGCACCAGCGAUCUGAAAGUGGACAGCACUAGUGACGGCAGAUACGAUAGUGUUACCGUCGUCAAAGUGGACAGCUCCAGCGACAGUAAACCGGACACUACCAGCAGUUUAUCGAGCCACAGCGACGGGCUGGCGACCAAGGCGAAGCGCAAAGAUUCCAUCGACAUCAUGGAGGAGAUCGACCGCGAGAUAGACGGCAUCGAGCUGGACGGCAUCGUCGACAGUGCGGAUUUCUCGGAUGACGCUGACUUAUCGGACUAAUGUCUAUAGCAUAAUCUGUACUGUAUUUAGAAUUUUUUUUAUUUUAUAUUUUAUUAUUAUUAUAAUUAUAAUAAAAAUUAUGAUUUUCCUAAAGUGCUAAUAUGUUUAAGAUUAAAGUAUUAUACAGUUUUUGUUUAAAGUUUUCGUUUCUUUACCCAUUAGAGUCACUCGUUGUAAAAAUGAAAAUCCAUGUAUUUAAUAACUUAUAAAUAUAGAGAUUGCGCCCCAUUUUUUCUGUAAAAUUGUAUAAUAUCAUAUUGCCAGCAUGUAGCGGCCGAGCACCAACGUUUCUAUAAAUAAAUGUGUGAAAUAGAUGUAAGAGUAAA